AUGGGUGUCGAGAAAGAGAUACUGAAAGCCGGCGAUGGCACUACAUUUCCCAAACAGGGAGAUCGUUUGAAGAUGCACUACACGGGCACUCUCGCAGCCAAUGGCAAACAAUUUGAUAGUAGUGUCUCCCGAGGACGACCCUUUGAGUUUGUCAUUGGUAUUGAACAAGUCAUUCAAGGAUGGGAUGAAGGCGUCAUUAAAAUGUCGCUGGGAGAAAAGGCACUCCUCAAGAUAUCAUCCGAUUACGGAUAUGGAGCCGAAGGAGCGCCCGGGGCCAUUCCGCCCAAUGCCGAUUUACAUUUUGAAGUCGAAUUGCUCGCCAUUGGGGAUCAAACCGCACCGGGGUUUACCGAGAGUUCGUGUCGUAUUUUGUAG